GCCACUUCAACUACUUUACCACACUCGCUGCAUCAGCCCACAAACCAGUGUGCAGUUUAACUCCUGUCUCCUUCGGAUCGCAUCUUCUCCCAUCCUAUACUCGGUUAAAAACCGCAUUCAGGCCACGAAGCCACCAUGUCUGAGCGUAAAGUCUUGACAAAGUACUAUCCCCCGGAUUUCGAUCCGUCGGCCAUCACACGAACCAAGAAGGUCCCGGGUGUGAAGCAGAAACUAUUGACUGUCCGUUUGAUGGCGCCUUUCUCAAUGCGCUGCACCAGCUGUGGUGAAUACAUUUACAAAGGCCGCAAAUUCAACGCUCGAAAAGAAACAACUGAGGAGAAAUAUUUGUCUAUCGCAAUAUAUCGAUUUUAUAUACGUUGCACGCGAUGUUCGGGUGAAAUCACCUUCAAAACUGACCCCAAAAAUAUGGACUACGUCUGCGAACGCGGCGCAAAGCGAAACUUUGAACCAUGGAGAAACACCCAAGCAGACAACUUAAACGAAACCGAGGAAGAAACAUUAGACCGCUUAGAGCGCGAAGAGAAUGAGGAACUCGAACAACUCGAACGCGACAAGAUGGCCGAACUAGAAGAAAAAAUGCUCGACUCCAAGCGUGAAAUGGCCGUUGCCGAUGCUCUUGAUGAAAUUCGUACAAGGAACGCGCGCAUUGAGAGGGGUGAAGCUCUCGGGGAGGAUGUUGCUUUAGCAUAUGUCAAGGAUGAGGCUGAAGAGGCGAGAUUGCGGGCCGAGAAGGAAGAUGAAGAGAUUGCCCGUCGAGCUUUUAUGACUUCAACGGGGCAGAAAGUUAAACGAUUAGUUGAGGAUGAAGAGGAGACUGCGGCGAAGACGGCUGAAACCCCGGCUCCUGCAAUGUCGUUUGCAAAAGCCAGGAAGCCGAAAAAACCAUUCAACGCAGGCUUGGGUAUCAAGAAGAAAGCAUCGUUGGUCUAAUCUCAUGUAUAGUUACUUCGGCCGUUGUGGCGUUUAUAUUUGCAACGAUAUAGCUAUUAUCGUCAUCUGUAUUCUCUUUUUCUCCUAAAAGUGAUGGGGACACAUUCACAUAUCUACGUACGUUCUACUUUCAAGUUAUUGCAAGAAGAAAUUAUUGGUGGGCUAAACCGAGUAGUAUGACCGAAUUUAGCUACACAUACAUGAAUGAAUAGAUAAAAAAGUAAGCAAGAAAAACAAUCAUUAACCAGAUUCAUAAGAAAUACCCAAGACCGCUCCCAUAAUCCCAAACGCCCUUACUGAGAUGAUGAACAGUGUGGUAUAGAAAAGAAACAUGAAAUAAGCUGCAGUAAACAGGACACAACUGAGAUACGUGCACAGAUCAUCAACUCUUAUGAAAUAGCCCAAUGAAAAACUGUCAUAACACGCGCCGAGAGAAAAAAAAUCCACCCAUUCUUUAAAAGGCAUGAAACCCGACUACAAGUAUGGCAUCCAAAGAGCAUCAGCAGAAGCCAGAGAUUGAGGAUUGACGGCCUUCGAGAUAAGAUCAAUAGUAGUUUGGUUGGCAGGCAAAUUACCCUCUGGAGGACUGGCCAGGCUAACAGCACGGUUAACGAUAAUACCGCUAUUGCUCUGGACUAGUUCGCGUAGCUGGUUCUCCGAGACGUUUCCACGAUGAUGAGCUGUAGCCCAGAAAAUCAUUUCUUCACGCACAAAAAGACUGAGCUGUUGCUCCAAUUCGUGACGUGGUUCUGUAAGGCAGCGAGCAAUUGCCAUAAGGGCACAGGCAAAGACACCUUCAGUAGCAAUAGGUCCCAUCAAGGUCUGGAUGUUUGGCGUCAGGCGGAAAGGAACCUGUUCGGGGUUAAAGAAGAAGGCCUUGGUUGGAUUGAUGCUUGGGAUCAGCUCAGAGCCCCAUAUAUCGCCCGUAGCGCGAGAGAUGGAAAUCUUGUUGGGAUACCGGUUGCCAAUGUGCAUGACAUAGGUCAUGAAACAGAUUGCGGCAUACUGGUACGAGAAUUGGCGACGGAACAGCCAGAAGUCCUCGUAGUUGGGGUAGGUCUUCUGGAAAUAAUCCAGCAUAACCGUAUUGGGAACCCAUUUCUCCUGGAUAGCAGUAAGAAUUUCCGUGCGAAGGACAUGCUGCUGCUCAAUAGAACG